CGCAAGGCGGAAGUAGACGUGGGAACGAGGCAGGAAGCGGUUGUGACGUCACCACACGUGCUCUCCCCCUCACACGAGGGACGCAGCAGCAGCGAGCAUGGGCCCCGGAGGCCACAUCAACAGGCCUCGCAUGGAAGUGAGGAAGAGCGUCGUCAGGCUGCGGCGAACUCUCAAAAGGGAUCGACUGUUCAACAAGAAAGCCCGCGCCGCGGCGGUCGCACUCACGCAGCCUGCCCGGUACGGCGGCGUGCGCAGUGACGCCGCAGCGCCACUGCCGCGGUGGACAGCGACGCGGCCUCCCAAGGAAACGCCUGUUUCUGGCAAAAGACGAAGAAAGCAGCUGAAGAGGCUGCGUCACAUUCAGAGGGAGCAGAACACCAUGCAGGUGGAGACAGAGCCCCAGCCAUCGCUACUUGGUGAACAGCUGUCGGAGAAGAGCGCCACCUCCUCGCGGCGCAAGAGGAAGCAGAAACAGCAGCAGCCAGCUGAUGUGGAGAUGACAGAAAACACAGCUGUUGUAGUUUAGUCAAUUCAUUGUUAAUAAAUAAAUGAAAUAUAUAAUAAUCUCGCUUUUGUAUUUCUUUAAAGAGAAACCUGUAUCAAAAGACGAAUAUUUGUGUAUGAAGAUGAGGCUUGUAUACAACCAACUCCUAACAAGGAUGCAAGGGAAGCAGGGGGAGGAGGCAAUGGGGGUGGUUUUCUCCCCUCAGGAGACCCAGAAUAGCGGUGUUUGUUAUUGAUGACAGAAAAUACAUUGAAUGAUUUUAAUUUUGUUGGACCCUAAAAAAGCCCCUCGGGAAGUUUCUAGAUCAGCAAGGACAUGAGUGCAACCCCAUGCCGCCUCUGCUCCCCUGUAAACAAUUACAACUUCUUUCGCACCGUACGUAAUUGGGGGAUUUUAUUAAACCACUUUUGAUCUGCA